AUGGCCGCGGCAGUCACUCGUAGAGUCAAUGCCCUCCGGGUCGAGGCCCCUGCGGCCGACGUGGAGAGCGGGCGCGGCGCCAGCGAGGAAGCGGCCAAGCGUGCCGUCGACGCCAAGGACGACGUGUGGGUGGCCGCCGAUGAGGGAGACACGGCGUCAACCGGCGGCGCCAGCCGCCCGCUGCUGUUCCGGACCAUGAAAGUCAAAGGCAGCAUCCUGCAUCCUUACAGGUUCUUGAUUCUUAUGCGGCUGAUCGCCGUCGUCGCCUUCUUCGCGUGGCGGGUGAAGCACAGAAACCACGACGGCAUGUGGCUCUGGGCCACGUCCAUGGUGGCGGACACCUGGUUCGGCUUCUCAUGGAUCCUCAACCAGCUCCCCAAGCUCAGACCCAUCAAGCGCGUCCCGGACCUGGCCGCCCUCGCGGACCAAUACGGUUCCUCCGGCGAAGCCAACCUUCCGGGCAUCGACAUCUUCGUCACCACCGUCGACCCGGUCGACGAGCCCAUCCUCUACACCGUCAACACCAUCCUCUCCAUCCUCGCCACCGACUACCCCGUCGACAAGUACGCCUGCUACCUCUCCGACGACGGCGGCACGCUGGUGCACUACGAGGCCAUGGUCGAGGUUGCCAGUUUCGCCGCGCUGUGGGUCCCGUUUUGUCGGAAGCAUUGCGUCGAGCCAAGGUCCCCGGAGAACUACUUCGGGAUGAAAACGCAGCCGUACGCCGGGAGCAUGGCUGGGGAGUUCAUGAGGGAUCAUAGGCGUGUGCGCAGAGAGUAUGACGAGUUCAAGGUCAGGAUAGACUCCCUUUCAAGCACCAUCCGGCAACGAUCUGAUGCGUAUAACAGCUCAAGCAACAAAGGCGAUGGUGUACGUGCGACGUGGAUGGCUGAUGGGACACAAUGGCCGGGCACAUGGAUUGAGCAAGCUGAGAACCAUCGAAGAGGACAGCAUGCUGGAAUUGUUCAGGUCAUACUAAACCAUCCAAGUCGUAAACCACAACUCGGGUCACGGGCGAGCACCGAAAAUCCAUUCGACUUCAGCAACAUUGACACGAGGCUCCCCAUACUUGUGUACAUCGCCCGCGAGAAGCGCCCAGGCUAUAACCACCAAAAGAAGGCAGGCGCCAUGAACGUGAUGCUCCGCGUCUCCGCGCUGCUCUCCAACGCGCCCUUCGUCGUCAACUUCGACUGCGACCACUACAUCAACAACUCCCAAGCACUCCGCGCUCCCAUGUGCUUCAUGCUCGACCCUCGCGACGGCCAGAACACCGCCUUCGUCCAGUUCCCGCAGCGCUUCGACGAUGUCGACCCAACGGACCGCUACGCCAACCACAACCGGGUCUUCUUUGACGGCACCAUGCUCUCCCUCAACGGCCUCCAAGGGCCCUCCUACCUCGGCACCGGCACCAUGUUCCGCCGUGUCGCGCUCUACGGCAUGGAGCCACCACGGUACAGAGCGGAGAACAUCAAGCUCGUAGGUAAGGCCGAUGAGUUCGGCACCUCGACAUCUUUGGUAAACUCGAUGCCGGAUGCCGCUAUCCAAGAGCGGUCCAUCACGCCGGUCCUGGUCGACGAGGGGCUCGGCAACGACCUGGCUGCCCUGAUGACGUGCGCCUACGAGGACGGGAGUUCUUGGGGGAGAGAUGUCGGGUGGGUGUACAACAUCGCGACGGAGGACGUGGUGACUGGGUUCCGCAUGCACCGCCAGGGGUGGCGUUCCAUGUACUGCUCCAUGGAGCCGGCCGCGUUCCGUGGCACCGCGCCGAUCAACCUCACCGAGCGCCUCUACCAGGUGCUCCGGUGGUCCGGCGGGUCCCUGGAGAUGUUCUUCUCCCACAGUAACGCGCUCCUCGCCGGCCGCCGGCUCCACCCUCUCCAGCGCGUGGCGUACCUCAACAUGUCGACGUACCCGAUCGUCACGGUGUUCAUCCUGGCAUACAACCUCUUCCCGGUCUUGUGGCUCUUCUCCGAGCAGUUCUACAUCCAGAGGCCGUUCGGCACGUACAUCAUGUACCUCGUCGCCGUCAUAGCCAUGAUGCACGUGAUCGGCAUGUUCGAGGUGAAAUGGGCGGGGAUCACGCUGCUCGACUGGUGCCGCAACGAGCAGUUCUACAUGAUCGGGGCGACGGGCGUGUACCCGACGGCCGUGCUGUACAUGGCGCUGAAGCUCGUGACCGGGAAGGGGAUAUACUUCAGGCUCACCUCCAAGCAGACGGAUGCCUGCUCCGACGACAAGUUCGCCGACCUGUACACCGUGCGGUGGGUGCCGCUGCUGAUCCCGACGGUAGCGGUGCUCGUCGUGAACGUCGCGGCCGUCGGGGCGGCCAUAGGGAAGGCCGCGACGUGGGGGCUUUUCACGGACCAGGCGCACCACGUGGUGCUCGGGAUGGUGUUCAACGUGUGGAUCCUCGUGCUCCUCUACCCGUUCGCCCUCGGGAUCAUGGGGCAGUGGGGGAAGAGGCCCGUCAUCCUGUUCGUUAUGCUGGUCAUGGCCAUUGGCGCCGUCGGGAUCGUCUAUUUUACACUCCACGCCCCUUACCAAGCGGAAUAUUCAGCAGUUGCAGCUUCUCUAGGUAAAGCAUCGCUGACCGGGCCAUCUGGUUAAACGCGCACGGCUUAUCUUACUAGUACUACACAUUAUGGCACUCAGUGCGAUAAUCUUUGAGUGUGUGUGCUCAUGUCUAUAUGGAACAUGAG